AUAGUAGACAUGGCGGUUGUUAACUUGCGUGAAUGACGGUAAUUGUAACAGAAAUAUUGGCAGGAAAUAGUAAAUGUGAUACAUUAUUUAAGUUAAACAGUGCAGUUUGAUGUUAUUUAAGGUUCAGGAAAGCUAAAAAUGCAGAAUGUAGCACAAGGAUCUACUUCAGAUAACCAAAAACUUGAAAUAGUGAACGUUCACCACGAUAUAGAUAUAAGGAAAUUGACGACUCCCAUAUUAUCUUCCAACUCGAGCCCUACCAAGUCUGAAACAGAGACCUACUCGGAGUUGCAGCCAAGAUUUAUGACCGAUUCAUCAGAAAGCGAGGAGGAGGACGUUUCUGAGGUUGAAUCAUUUGUCAUUGAUCAGACGGAGUCGGACGAAGAGGGGCGGCUAGAGACGUCCAAGUUCCUGCUGUCGACGGACGACGACCACUCGGUGGACCCGGAAACUCAAGCCAGGCUUGAGGCUCUGCUGGACGCCGCAGGGGAUGGGAAGCAUCUCGCGGAUCCAGAAGUUCUGCGACGCUUGACAUCCAGUGUGUCCUGUGCACUCGACGAGGCUGCUGCUGCUCUUACUCGUAUGAGGAACGAGAACCCUCGGCCGCAAACUGAUACGAGGUCUUUGGUAGAAGCUUGCACAGACGGGGACGUACCAGCGGUACGUAAGUUGCUUACCGAAGGUCGUAGUGUUCACGAAACAACGGAGGAAGGCGAAAGUUUACUGUCCCUGGCCUGCUCGGCCGGCUACUACGAGCUUGCCCAGGUACUGCUAGCAAUGCAUGCCAACGUGGAAGAUCGUGGCGUCAAGGGGGACUGCACCCCCUUGAUGGAGGCCGCCUCAGCAGGCCACGUGGACAUAGUGCGGUUGCUGAUAGCGCACGGCGCCAGUGUCAACGCUCAGUCUGCAUCGGGAAACACGCCAUUGAUGUACGCCUGUGCCGGUGGACACGAGGACGUCGUGCGCAUUCUGCUGAAGGAAGGGGCCAACGUGGAGGAUCAUAACGAAAACGGCCACACUCCCCUCAUGGAGGCUUCGAGUGCGGGUCACGUCAGUGUGUCGAAGAUACUGUUGGAACACGGCGCUGGUAUCAAUACCCAUUCCAACGAGUUCAAAGAAUCUGCACUGACAUUGGCGUGUUACAAGGGCCACCUGGAGAUGGUGCGGUUUCUGUUGGAGGCUGGAGCAGAUCAGGAGCAUAAGACGGAUGAAAUGCACACUGCGCUUAUGGAAGCUUCAAUGGAUGGCCACGUGGAGGUAGCAAGGCUGCUUUUGGACUCCGGGGCCCAGGUGAACAUGCCCACGGACAGUUUCGAGUCCCCGCUGACCCUCGCAGCCUGCGGGGGCCACGUGGACCUGGCAAUGCUGCUCAUAGAGAGGGGUGCCAACAUCGAGGAGGUCAACGAUGAGGGGUACACUCCGCUCAUGGAGGCUGCGAGGGAGGGCCACGAGGAGAUGGUAGCACUGCUCUUGAGUCAAGGUGCGAACAUCAAUGCACAGACGGAGGAGACCCAGGAGACGGCGCUGACGCUGGCCUGCUGCGGGGGCUUCGCGGAUGUCGCGGACUUCCUCAUCAAGGCCGGGGCGGACAUCGAGCUGGGAGCCUCCACGCCAUUGAUGGAGGCGGCUCAAGAAGGCCACCUGGAGCUCGUCCGGUACUUGUUGGAUGCUGGUUCGGCGGAUGUCCAUGCGCAAACGCAGACUGGUGAUACUGCGCUCACCUAUGCCUGUGAAAAUGGACAUACGGACGUGGUAGAUCUGCUGCUUCAGUAUGGAGCGAACUUGGAGCACGAGUCGGAAGGGGGACGCACGCCGCUCAUGAAGGCCUGCCGGGCGGGCCACCUGUGCACCGUGCAGUUCCUCAUCUCGAAGAGCGCCGACGUGAACCGCCAGACCACCAACAACGACCACACGCCCCUGUCGCUGGCGUGCGCCGGCGGCCACCUGGCCGUGGUGGAGCUGCUGCUGGCCCAGUCCGCCGACCCCUUCCACAAGCUGAAGGACAACUCCACAAUGCUGAUAGAGGCGGCCAAAGGCGGCCACACGAGCGUGGUCCAGCUCCUGCUGGACUACCCUCACUCCAUCAUGAUGACGACCCCGGCGGGACUCCACGAGGUGCCGGACGCCGUCCGCCAGGAGGACCUGCAGGUCGGCAGCCCGGGGGUCGCCUCCGCCGCCGCCACCACCGCCGCCACCACCACGCCCGCCAACCUGCCCCUGCUGCGCAAGAUACGCUCCUCCUCCAACAUCAUCGGCGAGAGCAACCUCACGUCUGCCGAGGUGCAGCAGGUGCGCAACCAGCCAGUUGUGGACGGUACUGCUGUCCCCACUUCCCCGUCCGUCCUGCUGCCCAAGGACGACAGCAACAUCCUGGACAAGGGCAGUGGGCUGGUGCUGGGUGACGGCGACAGGGCGGACAAGCAGUGUCGGGAGGAGCAGAUCCUGCACAAGCAGCACAUUCUUGAAGAGUUGGAGAGGGUAGAGCGGGAGCUGCAGGUGAAAGGACCCAGCCAGCUGCUGCUGACGUCGCCUCUGGCCGACAGUUCCUCGCUGGGGGGCCUCAGCAUGGGGCAGGUGCCCGGGGUCGCAGUUUCCACCACCGCACUCAUACCAGGCAUGCAGAGUCUUGGUCUCAACAUCGACCUCAACUCCCAGCCCGGCAUGCAAGGUAUGGCGUGCAGUCCUGUGACGUCGGGCGGACUCUUCCACCAGGGAACUGGCAGCACAGUGUCUGUGCACAAUGCAUUCUACCUGAACAAGGGCCAGCAGCUUCCUGCGGGGAGCACGUGCCUCCAGCAGGCCCCGCUGGCCUUGACGACUUGCGGGGAGGUCGCGACCACCCCUGUCUACCCUCCGCUGCCUCCUGCCACCCAGCCCCAAGUCAUCAGCGCUAGCUCCGAUGUUGUACAGACCACUGCCAUUAGUGACCGCCCUAAAGCAAAGCCAGUCUCAAAGAAGGAAAGCAAAAGUUUACGAAAGCAACACCAGCAAGCAUACCAAGCGUUGAUGCAACAGCAGCAACAACACCAGCAGCAACAUGAACAGCUUCAGCAACAGCUUCAGCAGACACUGCAGUUGCAGCAGCAGCACCAACAUCAGCUGCAACAUCAUCAGCAGCAUCUCCAACAACAGCAACAGGCACAGCCCCAACUGCAACAGGCUCAACAGCUGCAACAACAACAGCAGCAGUCACUGCAAUCAGCGCCACAGCAGUCACUGCAGCUACCGCAACAAUCGUCACCGAACCAGUCUCCGCCUCAGCAGCCGCCAUCUCAGCAGUCGCAUUCGCAGCAGUCGCCUCCGCCGCAACAGCAGCUUCAUCAGCUGCAGCAGCAGCAGCAGCAGCAGCAGCAGCAGCAGCAGCAGCAGCAGCAGCAGCAGUCGCAACAGCCACCAACUCAGCAGGAACAACCGCAGUUACAUCAGAUGCAACAACAGCCACAGCAGCAGGUGCAACAGCAGCAAAUGCAGCAGCAAUUUCAGUUGCAACAGUUGCAGCAGCAUCAGCAAAUGCAGCAUCAACUACAACAGCAACAACAAAUCCAGCAGCAACAGCAACAGCCUGCUCAGUUUCAGCAAGUGAGCUUCUCUCCUAGUCACAUUCAGCAGCAGCAGCAACAGCAGCAACAGCAGCAACAGCAGCAACAGCAGCAGUUAAGCCAGUCUGAGCAGUUACAACACCUACAGCACUACCAACUGCAGACACAGUUACACCAACAGAAAUUGCAUGAGCAUCACCUUCAGCAACAGUUGCAGCAGCAGCAACUGCAGGAGCAUCAUCUGCAGCAGCAGCUACAGCAGCAGCAGUUAAGAGUGCAGCAGCAUCAGCAAACGUUGGCUAAGUUGGUGCAGCAGCAGCAACCUGCUUACAUAACAUCUUCGCAGUUACUGGCGCAGAUACAGCAACUAGACCCCAACUUACAAAUGUCUGCCUUAUCUCAGUCCAGUGCUGUGGUCACGAAGAGGACUGUCAUAUCCACAUCGGGGAACUUUGAAGCGGCUGACCUGGCGGGGUUGGUGCUGAGCGAUCAGCAGCAGCGCUGCUUGCUCUCCGAUCAGCAGCAGAGGUGUCUCAUCCAAGCCACUGAUGCAGUUCUAGCCGAGGUCACCGACAAGUCCGUUGAGGGAGAUGAAACGGGCGAUUUGAAGUUUGACGACACCAUUGAAGAAGUGAAUCAGACUUACGCCGGAGGAAACGGCCAAGACCUGAAGUUGACGCUCCAGCAGCAGGCGCAACACUUCCGUGGGAUGGGGUUCGAGGACGCGAUGGCGAUGCUGCCAACCACGUCGAACACCAUCCAGGUGGGAGGGCUGCAGGGAGACCUGGCGCGAGUGGAGUACAUCGCUGUGCCGGCGACGGGAGCUGGCCAGAUCCCCCUGCAGAUGCAGCACGGCGGCGGGCUGCAGCUGCAGUACCAGCAGUACCAGCUGACGACGGGGCUGCAGAUGGCGGCCGGAGGCGUGCAGCUGCAGUCGGGGGGCACGCUGGAGGUGUCGGGCGGCAUCCAGAUCAGCGGCGGGGCGGGAGGCCCCCUGCAGACCUCGCAGAUCCUAAACCCGGGCUUCCAGGCGGUGGCCGGGACCCCCUUCCAGCCGCAGCUGCUGCUGCAGGCCCCGCAGCUCGGUGUCCCAGCGUCGUCGGAGCAGGCGCCUGCGAACUGUCAGUAUGUUCAGCCCGCGUGCACGACACACCAAGUGCAGGUAGCCACUCAGACGAUCGCCGACAAGAAGCCCGCGUCCACGCCUGCGUCGUCUGCGCCGGCCCCCGGCGGCAAGGGCAAAAAAGCUCGUUACACCUUGCAGUCACGCCAGGAUAAGUCUAGCAUGCAGCAGACCACCUUUAGCACGCAGGGCGCAGUGCAGCAGCAAUCUCAGAACUACCAGAUCGACCCGAAUUCAGGCGUGGGGCAGUACGCGACGGGCACCCAGUGCGCCCCAGCGUCCUGCAUGGACGUGGACUCCGAGACGGACAGCAACCACGACACCGCCCUCACGCUCGCCUGCGCCGGCGGCCACGAGGAGCUGGUCGAGCUGCUGCUCUCCAGGGGCGCCAAUAUCGAGCAUCGCGACAAGAAGGGGUUCACACCUCUUAUACUCGCAGCUACAGCUGGACAUGACAAGGUUGUGGAGAUCCUACUAAACCAUGGUGCUGACAUCGAGGCGCAGUCUGAGCGAACCAAGGACACGCCACUUUCGCUGGCGUGCUCAGGGGGGCGAUACGAGGUUGUGGAGUUGUUGCUGACCCGAGGGGCCAACAAGGAGCACCGUAACGUGUCGGACUACACGCCUCUCAGCUUGGCAGCGUCCGGCGGUUACGUCAACAUAAUCAAACUGCUGUUGGCGCACGGUGCCGAGAUCAACUCGCGGACGGGCAGCAAGCUGGGCAUCUCUCCGUUGAUGCUCGCUGCAAUGAAUGGUCACACAGGAGCCGUGAAGCUGCUGUUGGACAUGGGCAGCGACAUCAACGCCCAGAUCGAAACCAAUCGAAACACGGCCCUCACUCUGGCCUGCUUCCAAGGUCGACACGAGGUGGUCAGCCUGCUACUGGACAGGAAGGCCAACGUCGAGCACCGUGCCAAGACCGGCCUGACGCCUCUCAUGGAAGCUGCCAGCGGGGGGUUUGUCGAAGUGGGGCGAGUGUUGCUGGACAAGGGAGCGGAUGUGAACGCCCCACCUGUUCCUUCGUCCAGAGACACGGCACUGACGAUCGCUGCGGACAAAGGCCACUGCCGCUUUGUCGAGCUGUUGCUGACCAGGAGUGCCCAAGUUGAAGUGAAGAACAAGAAAGGGAAUUCACCUCUUUGGUUGGCAGCUAAUGGUGGCCACCUGAGUGUAGUGGAGUUGCUGUACAACGCCAGCGCUGACAUAGACUCACAGGAUAAUAGAAAGGUGUCGUGCUUGAUGGCAGCAUUUCGAAAAGGUCACAUGAAGGUGGUGAAAUGGAUGGUUAACCAUGUUACUCAAUUUCCAAGUGACCAGGAAAUGAAUCGCUACAUUGCCACCGUCAGUGAUAAGGAGCUGUUGGAAAAGUGCCAGGAGUGUGUGAAGAUCAUACGAGUGGCAAAGGACCAUCAAGCUGCCAAAGCCAAUAAGAAUGCCACAAUCUUGCUAGAGGAGUUGGACAUGGAGAAGACCCGCGAGGAAUCCAAGAAAGCUGCAGCAGCCAGGAGGCGGGAGCGAAAAAAGAAAAAGAAGCUCGAGAAGAAGGAAGAGAAGAGGAAGCUCUACGAGGAAAACAAGAAGAACGAGAUCCUCUACCAGGAAUCAGAGCAGAUCGAUAAGAAGUCUGACGACGAAUGCGAGCAGCCAGAUGAGAACGAAAGAGAGCCAUCGGAGACAUGCUGUGACGACAGCUCUCCCAGCGCAGACUCGCCCCUGCGCAACGGGGAAACGGUGGACAAGGAGGAAGGGGACAGCGGGAUCGAUGCCAACAGCCAAGGCAGCUGCAGCAGCAAUGAGGUCAAGUCGAAGGAGAAGCGCAAGGAGAAGAAGAAGAAGAAGGGGCCGCCAGGCUGCAGCGGGGGCGGAGGCGGCAUCGCGAGCAGCAGCAAGAGCGCGGAUAAGGAGAACUCUCCUCCGGCACCGUCUGUCCAGGAGGUGGCAGGGCGGCCGUCGGUGAUAGCCGAGGUCAAGGAGAAGCCUGAGCGCGAGAGGCGAGGCAGGGAGGCCUCGGUGGCCACCGGCUGUGCCUUGUCGAUGGCCUUGCCACCCAGUUCCAGCGCUUCUGAUGGCGGGGGCAAGACGGGACACCGAGGUCCGUCUGGGGCUGACAGGAAGCUGAAAGGUCAGCUUGUCUUCGAAGCCUCUAGGCCUCACCCUGCAGAACGUGAUGACUUUGAGGCUACUGGGAACGAGACUUAUGUACCGGCAGUAAAGGGGAAGAAACUUUACUUGAAUCACUACUCAGGAGAUGACAUGGUGAGCAGUUCAUCGUGUGGCAAGGGAGUGUUGUCAUCUACGAGCCCCAAGCAAGGUGGCAAGAGAGAAGAGGGCUGGAAAGAAGUGGUUAGAAAGUAUUUGAACUCUCCAUUCAGGUCGAAGAAGGUCUCGGUGCCCCUGAACGCAAUCAGCAGGGUCAUAGGGCGUGGUGGUAGCAAUAUCAAUGCCAUCCGCGGAGCGACGGGAGCACACAUCGAGGUGGAGAAGCAGUGUAAGGGCCAGGGUGAACGUAUCAUCACCAUCAAGGGCUCCCCCGACGCCACUCGCCAGGCCCACAACCUGAUCGCAGCUCUCAUCAAGGACCCGGAGGUGGACAUCCUGCAGAUGCUGCCCAAGUCGGCCAAGCUCUCCAUCAUGACGUGGGAGAAGUCCACUUCUAGCUCGAAGAGUAAAGGAUCUGGGAAGGGAGGCGGGUGUGGCCAGGCCAGUUCGUCGCUGCUAGCGGUCGGCUCGCUGCUGAGCAAGACCAUUGCUGUGUCUGGUACCCCGAUGCCUCUUAUUCCACCGAUGCGUUCUGCCUCAGCGGGAAAACUCAGUGGUUCGUUCGCAGUGUCUGUGACCAGAGGAACAGCACCUCGCCUCGUUGCUGCAGCAGAGAAGCGGGCUGCUGCGGCCGCGGCGCAGAUGGCGGCUGCCUCCAACACCAAGACCACGAUGUCCUACACCUCCGCCAUCAUGACGGCGGGCAGAGCCACGAAGGGUGGCGCCUCGCAGACGUUCGCCGCCAAGCUGACGGAGCCUCCGGGGGCGCCUGCCUCAUGCGGGACCAAGCCCCGCAUGCUCGCACCGCCCCCGCAGCAGGCUGUCUCGACCGCCCUCGUCACUCCUCAGGUGUCGCCGCAGCAGCAGUGCGCGGCGGUGACGAGCUCCGCGGCGUCCGUGUCGUCGCCGAAGCAGCCCCGGCCCCUGCCCGCGGCGUCUGCCCCGCCCAGCAUCCCGGGCCAGUACCAGGCCACGCCCAGCAAGGCGCCCUUCGCCAGCGCGGUGCCAGUGUCGGCCGGCCUGCCGGGGCCGGGGCCCGGGAGCGCGGGCGGCCAGGGGCGCAGCAGCACGCCUCUGCCCCAGACGCAGCACGAGCCGGCGCAGCCCGCGCCCGCCAGCUCCCCGCAGGAGUACUCCCUCUUCAACGACACCUUCACCAAGGUGACGCAGCAGAGCAUGUGGGGCCGAGAGAGUGAGAACGGUCAGAAAGGGAUGAACUUCGCGAGUGUGACAGCCACCGGUGCAACUGUGAACCCCGGCACCUCCACUUCCAACAACAAAUUCAUCGACAACGCCCCACCACAGGUGGAUGCGGCAAAGGCCCCUGGCUACCGAGGCACGACCAUGUGUUCCCCCGUCUCCUCGAAGACCAGCAGUAACAGCACCACACCUCCUUCCCUCCCUGUGCAGCAACAGCAACAGCCACCCUAUCAGCAGAGUGACUCUCUAGGCAUGACCGGCAAGCCCCUCCUCCAGCCCGUGGUGAGACCCGUCGAUGGGCCGGCCAGCUCCGGCCCCAACCUCGGUGUGGGUGUGGUCGGACAGCUGCCACCAUCACACGUUGAUUCCAUGACCUUCGCAAGUCGGUCGGUGUUCCUCCCGGGCAUGGAGCAUGGCUCCAUGUACAACCCUGGUGAGGGAAACCUUCUGAAGAUGGUGCCGGGGGCUGGCGAUGCCCAGCAGAGCCAGUCGCCCCAACAGCAGCAGCAGCAGCAGCAGCAACAGCAGCAGCAGCAGCAGCAGCAGCAGCAGCAGCAGCAGCAGCAGCAGCAGAUGAUGUAUCACCAGCAUCCGCCACCGCACUCCACUCCCACCAAUACCACGGUUACCAUGUCCCGUCUCAACCCCCGUGCUCCUGAUUUCUCCCUCCAUCUUGCCAACAAGUCGCAGCAGCCGCCCAACAUGUUCAAUCAGCCUAACUUUCACCCUCGCGCCGGCAUGAUGCCUUCUCCCGGGUCCUCCAACUCGCCCAUGGCUGCAAUAUUCUCCUUUCCGAUGAACAAGUCGUCCAUGGGAGGUCCCUACCACCCUCCCAACCCACCCCAGAACUUCACCCCCAACGGGCAACGCUGGCCGCUGUACCCGCAGACGUACCACCACGGCCAGCCGGAUAUCCUGAGCUAUCCCGGUGGCGUGGGCACCAUCACCCAGCUGGCCAAUCUGAACAACCUUCCGGGGAGCGUGGAGCUGUUGGGACUGGAGAACGGAGGCGCCCCAGGAGGCAGCAGCAACUCUCCGGUCAUGUCGCCCUCCUCCCCGGCGGGAGGAAACCCCGGCACGAUAGGCGAGCCACCUGCCAUCCAUAAAAUGGAGGACCGCAAGAUAGCACCUAUUGGCAUGGAGCGGGCAAACUGGAAGCAGUUGAACAGUGGAGCGGGAUCGACAGGGGCCAUCCCAGAUUGGAUGGUUAGCAUGGGAGAACCCAAAAUGCCACCUUCUUGGCCAGGCACGAGCAUGGGUCCUGCACUGGAUAGGCAUCCUAUGUUUCGACCCAACUUCACUCGUCUGCCGAUGCAAGAGGACUUGCCACCUAUGAUGGAUGGUCCAUUUCAGACUGGCCACCCGGACAGCCAGCACUCGUACCACAACGGCAACAUGGCGGCGGCGGCGGCGGCGCUGAUGAACGCACUGCCGCUCAUGCCGCACUACAACGUGGCGGGCAUGAGCGCAGACAUGCCGCCCCCGGAGGGCAUGAAGAUGGAGGGUCCUAGCUGGGAGGCCGCUCGUCUCAGCAUCGCCGAAGUCCAGGACAAACAGCAUGGCUGGGGAACGAAGUGGAGCCACUAAACCACGUCAUCACUAGCAAAUGAAAUUUGCGGGCAUGGAAGCUAGUAAAGGAAUCAACCCUCGUUAGCAUAAUAAAUUAUUUUGUUUUUGUUGGUUGAAAGAGAUGUCAGGUUAUAGCUUCUAUCCAAAAUGCUUUAUAUUCUCAACCAGUGUUUUGGUAGACAGAGUUAGGCAUGUUUCUUCUGGUAAACUUGUCACAAAAGUGAUACGUUUCUGUACUUGAGUUCUGCGAUAUUUGCAGGUGAUUUAUUCUGCCUGGUGUACCUCACAGUCUCUGCAUUUUAACUUCUUGAGUCAAUUGCAGAUUGAUAUUAGUCGUGUAAUGUUGAAAGCAAACACUAAGUAUGAACGAUGAUCAAAAUGCUUUUCAUUAGCAUGUAUGCUUGUGUUGUUGCAGAGUGACCAAGCUUUUCUCAAUUGUGACAAUUUUUCUCAGACCUGAUUGUAAAGUUCUGUGUUGCUGGGGAGCGGCAUGGCACCUCCCUAGUGUAAUUGGCUUUCAGAUGUUGCACUGUCGGAAAGUGCUAAAACAUGAUGAAUUUUUUCUUCAUUUGGUGUAUAUUGCUAUUUUUUGGAACAGGGAGUGGCUGAAAUGUAACCUAUACCUCCCUUCUUUUGGAAAUAAGUUUUUUGCAUGUUUAUUCCUUGGUUUGAUAUUUGCUUUGUAGUUAAAAAUAUACAUAUAUAUAAAUACAAAAUAAAUUUACUUGCAACACCUUGUGUGUUUAAAAAAAAAACAUUUUUGAGCUUUCUGUGUUUUUCUGUUAGUGAGUGAGAGAAUGACAUGUUUUUCCAGUGUUCCAGAGAAUUACAAAGCUGAGCCAGUUUAUCCUUCGACAUGAACAUAAAUGAACGUCAUGGAGUCUUGUGGCAUUGUAACACGCAGGUUAUGGAGGGAUGUAUUUAAAAUGUUGAACGUGUGUAGCAGUCGAGAACAUUUUUGUGUUCCGCAUAAAUAUUUGUGAACUGAAUCAAUUAAUAUAUAUAUAUGUAUCGAUUAAGACGAAAUGUGUAAAACAUUUCAUCUACAUAAAGAAAAAAAUAGUCCACUUAAAUUACA